AUGAAGCUUUCCCCUUCUCUCUCAGAUGACCUUGCUCGCUGGGCAGAGCUACAGCCCGUCUUCUUCACAGGCUCGGCUGCUACCCACGGUCGUCGCGUCAAUGUUUCUCCCAAAGGACAAGAUGCGCACUUUUCUGUCCUUGGCCCCAACCAAUGCGCCUACAUUGAUCGUACUGGGUCUGGAUGUGAAACAAUUUCCCAUGCGUACGAAAACGGACGCCUCUGUCUCAUGUUUAUGAGCUUUGGUCCUUCCCCACGAAUCCUACGACUCUUCUGUCGUGUUACAGUCGUGGAGUGGGAUCAGCCAGCCUUUCCUGCUCUGAUACGCAAGGUUGCCAAAGGCAAGCGAGAGGUUUUUGAUGGAGCUCGCGCCGUCAUUCUCUGUGAUAUUUGGCAAACUCAAACGAGCUGUGGAUUUGGCGUACCACGUGUGAAGAAAGGUCUUUAUAGCCUUGAUGGAGAUGAUGAAGAAGGCAAUGGCGUUGCCAGAGGUAUUGAUGAAAUUCUUCGCGAGGGGGUUCAGGACGGCGAAAAACUUGAUGAGCUUUCUGUUUUUGAACAGCGGCCCACGCUGGACACCUGGGCUACCAAGAAAACCCAAGGCAAUCAGAUGCUGGACUAUCAGGUUACGAACAAUACCCGAAGUCUCGAUGGGCUUCCUGGGUUGAAAGCGGCAAGGCGUGAGGCCGGACAGGUGCUUUGGGUGGGCGACCUGAAGGCUAGGCUGCGAAGGAUUGCUUCGGAAGGCGAGGCCGUCGCAGCAGGGUUUUUAUUAGCGGUUCUGUUGUAUUUUGUUUUCCUUGGAUUAGAUUUACGUGGGAUAUAUACGGCUGUGUUGUAA